AUGCGAAGCAUAAUUUGGAACACAUUCGAGAAUCCGACAACAAAAAUUGGCCGCGCUCUUGCUUCAGCGUCCAUUUUUUUCAUUUUGAUUGCUACAGUCUCGUUUUGUGUGGAGACUCUGCCGCAGUUUCAAGAGGCAGAAAAUGCAACGGAAAUCAUUCCACCUUGGGAGCCAGCGAACAAAGGAUUUCCCUUCUGGGUUAUUGAAAGUAUCUGCAUUGUUUUCUUCACGAUUGAGUUUGUUCUCAGACUUUUCUCAACGCCGAAUAUCUGCAAAUUUCUCAAGACGAUUGGAAAUCUGAUUGAUUUACUAGCCAUCGUCCCUUACUACUUUUCACUUUCGGUACAGAUAUUGCUUAUAAAAGAUGAGCCAAUGGAAGGAGAAGAAAUCGGAAGUGGAGAAGCUCUGGCCAAGAGUAACAAAGUCGCGUUUCUUGCGGUUUUGAGGAUUAUUCGAAUAUUGAGAGUUUUCCGUAUUGCAAAGCUUGGACGACACAACCAGAACUUAUCACGCUUAGUGCGAACUAUGAAGGGAUCAGCGAAAGAAUUCAGUUUUCUCUUUCUUCUCUUUGGCGUUUUCAUGGUGAUCUUCAGUGCUCUAGUUUAUUUUGCAGAGAAUGGUCAAAACGAAAAGAUGAAUUCUAUUCCAGCUUCAUUUUGGUGGGCAAUAGUGACGAUGACAACUGUUGGCUACGGAGACGUGGUUCCUAUCACCGUGCCUGGCAAGAUGGUCGGCCUUUUGUGCGCUUUAUCAGGUGUCUUGUGUAUUGCGCUUCCUGUGCCUGCCAUUGUCCAGAACUUUCAUCGUAUCUUCAAAGAAGAUAAAGCCUUGAUGGAGGUUUCGGAUGAUAGAAGCUACGAUGGCUUGGUCCGCUCUAGUUUGCGAAGAUACUUCAUGCUCAAAAAGACGUAA